GCCAGCCAGCCAACGGUAAACGGCCGCUACAGCGCCUCCACCGCCCGGGCCUCGAACAUCCACGGACUCACUUUGCAAGCGGCGCCCGGGACCAGGCGCCCCGAGCCGGGCGGCGGUUUGCAAAUUUAGACCGGGGAUCCGAGAGCUGAUGUUCACAAGGAGAAGAAUCACGUGAUGUAUGAAGGCAAACACAUACACUUCUCAGAGGUCGAUAACAAGCCAUUGUGCUCCUACAGCCCCAAGCUCUGCAAACAGCGCCGACUCAACGGCUACGCAUUCUGCAUUCGCCACGUUCUGGAGGACAAAACUGCCCCUUUCAAGCAAUGUGAAUUUGUAGCCAAGUACAACAGCCAGCGGUGCACGAAUCCUAUCCCAAAAUCUGAAGACCGAAGAUACUGCAACAGCCACUUGCAAGUCCUUGGUUUGGUGCCCAAAAAGGAGAGGAAGAAAAAGAAUGAGCAGCUAGAGGAGGUGCGUCCCAGACUGCACCCUGAUGCUACCAUGGCAGUCAGCCUGGCAGUGCCCUCGCUGGCCUUGAAGGCAGCAAAUGGUUUGGAUGGGCCCACACGAUCCCCGCAGCGGCCCCGACUGACGCUCCAGUACCUGGAGCACGAGCUCGACGAUCCAUUCGCUUUCCCUGACGAUGAUGACUACCUGCUGCGGAAAGGGACUGUCAAACGGAAGCUUCAGACCAAACUGGCUCAGAAUCGGCAGCAGCAACGACUGCUGCGAGAGCCUGAGACAUUCAGACUGCAAUCAGAGCACUUUAUCCCACAUACUGCACCAUCACGGCUGCUGUACCCUGGCACUCCCCCUCUCUCGAGUCCCCCCCGACCCGCUGGACUUUCGCAGGGCCUGCUAUGCAAACCCCCUCCGCCUGCACCCCCAACUCCCAGCUUGCCGCAAGCAUCAUCCCAUGGCAUAGUUACGACAACGCCAGCCUCGCACUCGCCAAACGGAAAGGCCCACCGGUCUGCCUCACCACCACAGCAGAUGCCAUCCCCGGCACAGCCAGCUGCGACCCUACCCCCACCUGUCACCGUGGCAACAGACUCUCCCCGGCCUGAUGUCGUUGUCCUCAAGGCUUCAAGAUCCACGCCAGUCUGCAGGCAGCGGUCAGCCUGUAGGAACAGGUUACAGAGACUAGCAAAGCUCUGUGCUGAAAAACAGCUGUUGCACCGGGAUCUCUUCCCACAUCUAGGGCUAGACUGGUCUGAGGACAGCGAGGAGGAGGAAGAGGAAGAUGAACGUGUGCCUCCUUGCCAGUAUGCGUGGACGUUGCGGGACAAGUGGUCAGCUAUUCGUCCCGACCCAGAAGAUGAGGUGCCGAGCACAAGGAGUUUGAGAAUGACACGGCUCUGCAGUUAUCUGCAGCACAGAUACAUGCAACUCUUGCGAGUGGAGCGAGCAGCGGCCCGCCAGCAGCGGUGUCGGCAUGCCUUCCGGAGAGUGCUACUGCAAGCAGCCAGCAAGGAACCCGACUCCACUGGGCAGCUGCUCUGGGAACUCCGAGCAGCAACCCCGACACAGACCAGCACGAAGCAGCCAGAUCACAGAAUAGUGGAACCAGCACUGUGUACAGGAACCAUCAAGGGCCAACAUUGCCCCAACUUGUCUCUUCCGUACACCAGGCACUGUUUCCAGCAUAUCCUGUUGAGUCGCUCCCAGCAGCUGUUCUCAAGCUGCACAGCCAAGUUUGCAGAUGGGCAGCAGUGCUCAGUACCAGUGUUUGACAUCACGCACCAGACGCCACUUUGUGAAGAACAUGCAAAGAAAAUGGUAAAGAACUCCUCAACUCCGGAACUCAGUGCUGAUGAAAUUCCUGACGACAUCACCAAUGAGAUCACCGAUAUGCCAAAUGACCUGGAACUGAAUCAGGAAGAGUUGGCGGAGGUUCUUCAGCGAUUGCCUGAUGACCUGCAGGACUUUGACCUCUUUGAAGGCAAGAAUGGUGAACUCCUGCCAACUACAGAGGAAGCAGAGGAGCUGGAGCGUGCGCUGGAGGCGGUGACCUCGUACGCUGCCUCGUUGGAAUGCCUGAGCUCCAUUGGUGAGCUGGCGCACACGGACGGAGACGGUGACCAGGAACUUACGGGCAGAGGGAUGGGAGUGUUUGCCGCUGCCGCCGCUGCAGCUGGGAUGCCGGCCCUCAGCAGAGCGGUCAACAACGAACUGGGAGACCUCCUGAACGGCCGCAUCUCCACCGAGAACUUCUCCAGCCUGGAGCUGGACGAGAACCUCCUCCAUCACCCGUCUGCACUGUCCAGCCCGGCAGGCUCCCUGGGGAGUCAGGCCCAGGGCACCUACCCUUCCCCUUCGGAUGUGGGCCUUUCCUCUGCCGCCUUGGUCAACCAGAGUGGCGGGCUGGCCGAGCGAGGCCACCAGUCACACUUUCCGAGCCUGCGGGGCGAUGCCGGCCAUAGCUCGCCCAGGGGCCACCUGCUGGGCAAAGCCGACGAGCUGAUCUCCCCCCGGCCGCACUACGGCAGUGAGCACUCGCGCUCGUCUCCGUACAGCAGCGAACACGUGCCGUCGCCCUACAGCGACAACGCCACCCCUCCACCCCGGCCCCUGCCCUACCCCGGGGAUAGCCUCGCCACCCCUACACCCCCCCCCCCCUCCUCCUCCUCCUCCUCCUCCUCCUCCUCCGCCACCACCACCACCACCACCACCACCACCAGCAACAGCAGCACGGCGCCCACCCCCACCCCUUACCCCCCUGACGUGACGCUGCUCCCUGCCCACGUCCUGCCAGCCCAGCUGGUCAGCCCCCGGCCCCAGUGGGGCACCAUCAGCCUGAGUGACCCCGCCACCUUCAGCGGCCUGAUAUCUUCCGGGGCCGAGGGCCACUUGCUCUCCACCUCCCUCUCCACCCCCCUGUCCACGCCUCACUCGCCCUCCACGCGCACAGCCUUCUCCAGUGCCACGCCAGGCAGCGGCGGCGCCGUCCUCCUGCCGGGCCUGACGCAGGCUGGCUUCGGCGACGGCGGUGGCAUCGUCACCUCCGUGGGACCCUCCUCGCCCCCUGACUUGCCGGCCUCCAGCCCCACCAAGCAGCAGCUCCCUCAGUUCAGUGCCGCCUUCGGCCCGCAGCUCACCUCCCACAGCGGCAUCCCCAAGGACGUUCAGCCGACCCACAGCUCGAUAGCGCCCCCGACGGGUUUCUCGGUAACUGCAGCUGCCGCCGCUGCGAUCACGAACAAUGUCACGGUUCCGUUUAGCGCUCCGCAGUGAGUUCUCCUUGGGAUUGCUCUACGACGAGGCGCCUGUUCUUUGGCUUGUGAGCAACGGCUGCAACGUUCCCCUGGUUUUUCUACGGUGUCUUGAGAAUUUUAGGGGUUUAUGUCCAGCUUCUUUUUUUUUCUCUCUACCUGCCUAAUGGGUGAAAUCCGUUCAGGAAGCUGGUGAUGAGAUAAAAGUUGACACGUGACUGGGCAGAGAUGUCAGCAUUUCCUCACCCCUGUAAUUUUUGCUCCUUACUGCUAUUGAGCCGUUUCACUCAUUGACUUUAAUUCUCUCGAUCCCCAGCCUGCUCGUUCACCCCCUGCCUUCAAAUGUUAGAGCUGUGAUCUGUCUUUUAAAACAGUCGUCAUGAAAUUUCUUUCAACCAACCGGAUCCAAGUUAGUCAGCACACCCAACAGCUUGGGUUUAGCAGCCUCACUCCUUGCUUUCCCCCUGGCCCAUGUACGUACACCCACUUGCCCCUUUCCAACAUUUGCAGAUACCUCUCCAUCGCUGGCAUCUCUGUCACAGUCAACUUUUCCAACCGAAUGAAGGCGAAACCAUGGUGGGGUGUUGAAGUAUUGAGAGUGGACUCUGCCAACCUUUUACAGACAUUGUCGUUGCUCAUCCAGGUACUUUGCCAAGCAGCCGAGAGGAGUUCAGGUGACUUCCUUUCCAUAAUGCCAGGGCCUUGUGUGCUUUUUUGAAAAGGGGAAUUGGUGACACUCUUCCCCCUUCCUCUUCAGGGCUAAAAGAGCGUAAUACAUUCAGUUUGAGUAUAUUUUUUAUGUAAAUACAUUAGUACAUUUUAUGACAACAUUACUUAUCUAUAAAACCAUUAAUGGCGCACUGUUAAAUAUCCGACUCAAAGGUAGAUGUUUGGCUCGUUGAGGCUUUUCAUAUUAAAAGAUCACAUACACACACACGCACGCACACACACAAGCAAAUAGAUUCUGGAUUAGAUCCCAUGAUCUCUGCACAUACAUCCCCCAAAGUUGCUGUGAGAUUCUUGAGCGAGGUGGCAGAACUAAUUACAAAAUUUGCUAAAAUCCAGUCCUGAAAUUUUGUCUAAAGCCUUCUUUGUGUGAACUACUAACAUGGAAAUCACUUCAGCCUGAGAGGCCACUUCAGGGCACUUUUUAAAAAUGUAACAAUUACACAGGCUUCUAGGUUCAAAGCGAUGCUUGGGUGUUAUCCUCUCCUCAGUCCAAGCAUCGCAACUUUAUUUUUCUUACCCUUUCUCUGCCUUCUCUUCCCAGACUCGUCCUCCUUCAACCCUGGGCUGCUAUUCUAGCCCACAGCACCAGCAGAGAUGCACAGGAUGUGUUUAUUGAGUGAGCAGCACCUGUUUACUGACACCAUCAAAUCCAAUAUUCUUCAAGUUUGAACCUGUUUCCAUGAGAGACGCUACCAAAUUUGGCAAAAUCACAAGCUUUGGCACCUGUCUUAAAUGUAAACAGACGCUUGGUUUACAAGUUGAUUGCUAAAUCUGAAGUUUCAUUUUCAUUAGUUGGGCGUGGAGGGAAAAGGAGAGCCUCCCCUUACUUCACUUGUUGGUGUUGAGAGAUGCUCUGACCAUUUCUAGGGCUGGUAGGAAAGGGAGGCCUGAUUUUUCUUCUGACUCUGUGGCAGCUACACGUGGAACCUUUGUAAAGCAGGGAUCUCGUGAUCCUAACCUGCAUCAAACCGCCUUAAGCACACGGGAUCCCAAUUUUCAACCCCCCUUCCCCCACCCCCCCAAAAAAAAACUUGGUCUGGCACUUUUGACAGCUGACACUUUGGUGGUUGGAUCAUAGCCUGGGAUGUUCAUCCCUGGCUCCCAGAGUUUAACUGUUUAUUUGUUUAACUGUUGUAUUACCGCAAGACCUGCAACACCAACUGGCACGUUGCCUUUAUAUUGCACCACAGUGGUGUUUACUGCAAUGCACCCUGUCUCUUAACAUGCCAAAUAUGUUCAAUUUUUAGAGAGUAAACUUUAUUUAUGACAGAAGUGGUCUGAAUGUGUAUAAAAUGUAUUCUACAGGCUGUGCUUUUUUGCCUCCUGUACAGUUUUUAAAUGAUAUGCUUCGAUGAGGUUGCCCCAAUUUUAACAUUGUAAAGUAAUUUCGUAUCCUGCCUCAAACACACACGCGCACACAAUGUAUAUAAUGCACAAAAUUUAUCUAUUUACACCUGAGAAUCUCUGCAAACUGCAAUCCCAUCAUUUGUGGUAACAGUACUGCUGAGAAUUUGAGACCCCAUAAAUAGAUGCUUGGCCCAGUUCCAAAGCACCUACAUCCUUGGAACUUUUCUGCUCUCCUGUGCUUUCUCACAAUAACAAAGGCAAAAAUUGUCGGAUGGGACAGAAGUUUCUAUGAAACUUUGUCGAUUCCUUGGGAUCCCAGUGUGCGAUGAGGAACAGCCACAGUCCCUUAUGGAGAACCACCCUCCCAUGUAUCUCAAAAAAAUUGCAUAGGACUCCCAAGUGAGCUUGUUUCGUCGCAAGUGUGGGACAGACUCCUGUUUUGUAGACAUGUCUUGUGGAAGGCCUAUUGCAGUGUCUUGUACAUACAGCACCCUUUUUAAAAAAGAAUACACAUCAUGCAUUUGCGUCCUCCCAUUUUUAUUUGAACACCCAAAGCUUGAUAAACCUAAUGUUCCCUCAUCAUGAAAUAUACAAUCUACUUAUUAUAUUGAUAGUUUGCAUAAUUGAUCACCGUAAUGAAGUGCUUCAAUAUUGUGUGUUGGUUUAAAUAGUGAUAUCUAUUUGAAUAAUGCACUAUAUUAGAUUUUGCAUUGAAGUGAGGAGAGAAGUAGAUUUCUAGCAUUUGGCAUAUGGGUAAGAAGCUCUGACCAGGUAGCUCAAUUGCUCUAUAUAACUUUCUGCUGGCUGUGUAGGGCUGAGGUCCCUUUGACUUUUGCGAGAAAGAAGGUGUGAAGGAGAAUCACGUUUUAAAUAUAGGAGGGAAGUUGCUGCAUUUCACUUCUUACUGUUCUGGUUGAUGGGGUUGAUGGUGUGUUCACUUUGUUCAAUACUGGAUACCCUUGCCUGAUGUCAGAUUGUGCUGUGUUAGUUUCUGUGCAUUUGGUGACAAGAAGCUAUCUUUUGUGUAAUAGUCGACAAAAACUUGAUAGAUUUUACAAGAAUCCUUCUCACUUAUACUGAUUUGAAAAAUAAAACUUGAGCUUCCAUUCACCAACCCCUGGAAAUUAAUAUUCCCCUCUCCAUAACAUCUUUGGGCACAUGUACUGUUCCACCUGAACCUGUGACACGCUAUGUCUUUAUCCCUAAAUGCUUGGCCAGACUCCUUUCAUCUGAGCUUUGGUUCUUUGAUCUCUGACUAAGUCAUGUGUAACAUCUUCCAUUCUGGACACUUUUAGCUGUACAUCCUGAGCCAGUCAUCUCUGCAUUAAUUUGCUGUAGCCGACUGACCUCACUGCUGUUGCUUCACCAAAAGAUGCGUCAUAAUUUUGUUUUCGAUGUUUCCUUUGUGAAAUUUGACUCAGUUCAAAGAAGUUUCCUGCUUUUUAAAUGUCCUGUCAUUUUAGUAUCGGUAAUCCCAGUGCUGGUUGCAUUUGAAAAUGUUGAAAUACAUUUAAUUGCGUUGACUUUGCUUUGGUAACUAGCAUAUAUGGAGAAGUGUGUACUGUAGUAUAUUGGUUUGAAUAGAUUGUUUCGGGGUGAUGGUGAAAAGAACGAUUUAGGUAACAGUUCUUUUGAGAAAUGUCAGUUCAUUACCUUAAGUUAGGACUACCCUUGAACAUUAGCUGUUUUGGAUGAACUACUGUGGGGCUACAGAAUUAGUGUGAUCUUAAAUUCUGGUUUUAAAUGAUCCUUCUUGACGACCUGUGGUGUAAAGGGAAGUGAUGCUGGUUCUGUGCGUAUUUUCAGUUUUCUGUGGAAGUUCUUUGAUCAGAGACCUCUGCAGAGCCCUUGGGAAGUGAACAUCGCGGUUCCAGCUUUCUGUCACAGAAAUGCCACUUCAAGUCACUUGGUCAAAUGUCACAACUUGCCUUGUGCCAGUUCUCCCUUGUCCAUAAGUUGCACUUGAGUUAACUCCAUGCUGAUUUCUGGAAGCAUUCAGACUGUAUUUUGGAUGCUGUCCAUUCAGUAGAUCGAUAGCAAGUAGGUACUUGAGCAUCUCUUUGGGGAAAGUCAUCAUAUCAUUGAUUUGUUGUUUCAUUUGAUUGAAAUUUGGAUCUGAGUUUCAUGUCUCUUGGACAGGGGAAUAGAAUGUUUAGAGCCAUUUCUUACUGCAGUGAGGCUUUGUUUUUCUUUCCAGCAUGCAAUAUUUUCAGAUUUAAAAGUACUAAUGAAAUAGAACACUUGCAGUGAAAGGGAAUCCCAGUUAGCUUGUUUUACAUAAGAUAGCAUGAGGCUGUGAGCUAUUGUAUCUAGUAUCUAGUAGGGAUUGAUGUGGAUAGUUUCUGCAAACGUCCUAAUUUGUAAACUAAAAAUCAGCACUUUCCCUCUUUCUUGCUUGAACCUCUGAAUGGGUCCUCGGUUCCAAUAAAUCAACUAGAUUCAAAGUCUGGAAGUGAAAUACAGUGGCUCAUCAGUAAACAGGACAUUAGAAACUAUUCUUGUUUCUGGUUCAUUAAGGUUUUGGUCUAUAUAACUGGGUGCAGUUCCUGUGUUAUGUGGUUCUGUUUAUUACAUUGAUUUAGCUAGUUUCUUGGCCAGGAAGGAACCAAUUAUUGGUGUUGUCUGGCAACUGGAAUGCCUACCAGGAUACCUAAGGUGAUGAACUGUUCAGCAGCCAUUAGUAUCAAUGAGCUGGUGCCAACAUUUACACUUUGGAUGUAUUCUACUCGUGUGUAUCUUCACACACUUAGGCAGCACAAGUAGUUGUUCAGUACUUACCAGUAUAGUCCUGGUCACCUUGAAAAAUAAGGGGAUAGCCUUGAGUUGCUCUUUUGUUGAGACCUUUGAAUGGAGCUGCAGCUGUCUUGGGGUGAACUCGGACUAUAAUGAGCUAGAAGUUUACUUGCAAUGUGCAAUACAUCCAGGCUGGUGUGGUAGUCACUGUUCUCGAUGUGAGGUAGCUGUGAUCUUCAGGAGUCUCGCUGAGAGAAGCCCACAAGUCUCCAGACAUUAUCCUCUAUCAACAUGAGCACAAUGGCAAUGCACCACUUUGCUUGCAACCAUGAUCCGACUACCUUCAGAUUUUAUACCAAAGUAGUGGAAUGGACAGUGUCUAGUCCCCAUUUUUAAAAAGAAAUAUGAUUAUAUUGAGAUGUAUUUAAUAAUGAAAUUAUUCUAAUUUUAAAACCUUUGUCACCAGCAUUUAGCACUGCUAGAGUAUCCCAAACAGAGUCCAUUCUUGUUAUCUGUAUAUUUUUGGUAUAUUCUGUUGGACUUUCCUCAGUAGAUGAGGAUUUUUUAGUCCUUUCGGUUUCCCUUCUCGCCUCCCUGAGUCAGAUAUACAACCAAUAGAAGUUUGAUAGGCCCAGGGUGUCCAUGGCUGAUUUUGGUCACGAAAUGUAUCCAAACUCACCAAACUGUCAACACAGCAUCACAUCAACGUAUGUCUACUCAUGUUUCACAAGACAUUGUCUCUGUAUAUUAAUUGAAUUGGUACAUAGCAUUUGCAAGGAAUUAAGUAGAAUGAGCUGUUAGUAAUACAAGAUUGUAUAGGUAAAUAUGGAUAAGUCUACCUCCGUUAAAAGUCCACAGCACCCUAAUUCCAUAUCUGUCACCACAGACUUUGCCUACACCCCCUGACUGCAGCGAUUGCUCUUUGGGUGAGCAAGAACGAUAUUGAAUUUGCCCCUCACCAAUCCGUGCCCUUGACCUGGAGAUUGUGGCUUAGCUUAAAGCCAUGCUUUGCAUUUACCUUCUGCUAUUUCACUUGAUGGUUGCAGCUUUGAAUGUUUUGAUGAUAUUUUACAGUGUUGAUCAUUAUUAUUUAAAUUGCUCCUUGGCUAUUGUUCUAUGCUUUUGAGUGCUACCCAAAAAUCAAGUGACUUGAUACUCCCAAAAACUGUGUUAUGGUCAACGUAUUGAAUUAUCUAGGGGAAGUAGCCCCCACCAGGGAAGUUUGUGUACAGCUUGAAUGAUUGAAGUUGGGAGAGGAUUAUUAUGACUUGUCUUGUGUGCUGAUGGUAUAAACUGCAAUAUGCCCCCAUUGUUUUGACUGUUCUGUUGAGAUUCCAGGUGAACCUAGAAUUGUCUGCAGUUUGACAUUCAGCUGCUCUUUAUAGUGAUGAAACUUGCAAUCUAAGGGAUAACAUUCAACUAAUGCAAAACAUUAGACGGACAAUUUACAAUGGACAGUCUUGUGCAAGACCAUGUGAGGUGGGACAUAUAAUACUGUAAACUUCCAUUUGCCUGUAAAACGUGCCUAUUCUUGUCUGUGCAGAGCCACACACUAACUCUGCAUUGAAAUGUUAGAAAAGGUUGAGGAAAGAUUUGAGGUUUUGCGCAGCAGGUGAUCUUUUCAUCAAGAGUACAAGACCUGGAAUAAAGGAAGUCAUUUGCUGUUGAGUGAAAGUUUAGCAAUGAUCAUACAAUUUGAUUGUAUUAGAGAAUAAUUUGGAUUGUUUAAAAGUCAUGUCAAGGUGUUGGGUUGGAUUGGAUUUACCCACUUCAUUUCAAAGCGAAAUGGUGUAACUGCAUUCCUUGGCACAUGAUCACCCCAGGGCAUAUGUCAGAGAACUAAAGAGAAAAACAGACCAAACUCAAACCAAGUAGUCAUUCGACCAAAAAAUAAAAGCUUUUGUCACCCAUCUUUACUAAGAAACUGCACUAGGUACAGCUAGACUCAACUGUGGAGUGAUUUGCUCUUGUAACUAUUGGUCUUUUGAUCAUGCAUUGAAUCGGUAUGCAGGAUGGAUCUCCUCAGAAAACUUGGUCAACUCAUUUUAAACAGUGUGCAACACAUUCUGUGAACGAGUGACAUGAGACCCUGCACUCGAUAAAAGGGGUCAGAACGUUAAGCAGUCACCAAUUGCCUUUAAAAUCUGGCAGUUUAAUGCUGUUAUGAGCUUCUACACUUAACUUCCCUUUUAAGACGGAGCUCAUGUUGAUGGGCAACUUUUAGACAUUUAAAUGAAAUAACAGUGCAAUGAAGAGAAUCCACACUGAAGGCUGGUUUAGAAAAUGAGCAUGUUGGACUCCUGUAGUUUACUGCGCUGCGCAAGGACUCUCCAAGCCACCAUUGCCAUGCCAGUUGCGGUUGUUAUUACUUGGCCAGUGUUCUAACCAUGCUGUAAUUGAAGAUGAGAUGGGACUGGCAGCAAACAGCUUAUUUAAACAAUCUGUACCAACUAUAGGAAGAAAACCCAUUGCCGAAAGUAUAGCAAAGUCUGCUGAUAAUAGGAUUAUUUCUUCAGCAAAAUGCAGUGAAUGGAGGAUUGCUGUAUUUUGCUCUUGCACACAGUAUCUAGUCUAAUUCUAGUCAGUUAAAGCAAUGAUGUCUCCAGAUAUGAUGGCUGAGGAAAUUAGCCCAAUCACCACCAUUUUGUUUGGCAUGAUGGCUCAGUGCUCACAUUCUCCCCUGUGUCUGCGUGGGUUUCCUCUCUCAGUCCAAGGAUGUACAGGCUGGGUGGAUUAGCUGUGGGAGAUUUCAGGGUUACAGGGAUAGGGUAGAUGGGUGGGUUGCUGUUUGGAGGGUUGGUGUGGACUCUGGGCCAAAUGGCCCACUUCCACUCUGCAGGGCUUCUAUGACUCUAUUUUGCCUUGUAUAUUUGAAGUUGUUCUAUGUAAUAAGGAAAGCAACAGUUUUGGCAUCAGUCAAUCUUGCUGCACAUAGACUACUGGUUCACCUUCGCUGAUUGGAAAUACCUUUUUUAAUUGAAGGAAGCAGUUUGUUUUUGUAAUUAUUUAUUGAUUUCUGCUGAAAUUCUUUAUGAAUUUUUGCAAAGAUUGAGACAAAUGGCAAUUUCAUAAUUUUAAUUGUCAUUUAUAUAAAACAAUUGUUAAAUCUUUAUUUUUACAAGCGGUGUGUUGAAUAAAAGGCAGCAGUCUGAAGGACAUGCUUUCUUGUGCUUCACCAGCAGUAUAUCAUCCCCCAGAUGUCUUUUCUCCCAUCUAGAUCCAGUCUCCUCCUAAUUGGGGAAGAGGGCAAGAGGGAAAGCAUAUUUCAUGUGAAAUAUUUUUGAUGCCAUCUUCAUGUAGCUCUUUGGGGCUACCAAGCAUUCAAAGAUAACAAGAGGAGAAAGCAGAAACAGUAUGAGAAAGUAGUCAUCUUUUAAACAGCAGGAUAUAUGGAAAAGUUUGACUUUUUCUGCCAUUUGAUAAAUUAUUGGCACAUAAGAUGCCAGCUUUUAUUCCUUUGUUUCAAAAUCCUAAUCCAAAAUGUGAAGAUUACAAAUAAGGUAGAGGUACUUCAUGUGGAAGAAUAGAGAAGUCUUGUAUGCCUCUUUCCCUGCCAUACACUUACAUGUUAUCUGUGCAUUUGUCCUACUGUUCUGGUUGAUUGCUUAGUCAGAGAUCUGGGCAUGUUGGAGGUAUACAACUCACUAACACUUUCUUAACAGUGCUGUUGUGAUUUUGAACUUGGUGCAAAAACACAAGUUUUAUUUAUAAAACCUGUUCAGUUUUUUUUUAAUAUAUACAAGACUUGACUAGAAGCAGAUUUGAGGGAAAAGGGGGGAUGCAUACACGAGCUUCAUUAUGGGAGGUAAGGCUUGGAUUUUAUGGCCUUCGGCUGUCACCUCCAUUAACUCCAACGUCUGGUAGAAUUAGAGCCAAUUAAAGUAUUCCCUUUGCCUGAGGUCUUGUUCAGUGCUGAGACUUUCUCUGUCCAGAGGAAUUUUGACGAGCAGUGGGUGCUUGCCAGUCUUGGUAACAUGAUCGCAUAACCUUGGCAUUACAGUGUGAUGUGUAUGUGUAUAAAAGAUUGUCUUCAAUUUGUACGAAGUGAGCCAUGCCCUCAAACUAAUUGCUCACUUGGACCCCCUCAUGAACUAAAGGAAUGUCACUUGACCCCCUGAAUUGGCGGUCCUGCUUCAGUAGUAUGUACAGCAAUACACAAGGGGAGGACUGAAGACACAGCUUGUGAAAUGAAGUUUAAUAUGACUCAUGCUGGUCAUGUGGUUUUUAAGAUAAGCCAGACAGGCGGCAAAGGCAUCAGUAAGGCCUUCAUUACAUUAUUUAAGACACCAGCUAAAAUGCUUCCAAUUUUUAAUGCAAUUUGACAGUGAAGCCCCUGCCUACCCCCAAAUAAGAGUGCAUUGUUUUUAAGAACAUGUAUCGAGGCGGGCUGCAUGAUCCUCUUGGUGCCUUGACAAGAGCUCUCUCUUAUCCAUAGCCCAUACCCCUUAUAACGUGAGUCUCCAAAAAAAAAAGCAACUUUCCUUGCAAGGAGAUCAAUUUUCCAGUCAAAGAAAAUGUACAGAAUUGUCAUUUGAAGCUAUCCUUGUCUGUUUUUAAAAUUCACAAUAGUUCUUUCAUUCCAAAAUGCCUCUGAGUUCUCCAAUAUCGGAAACCUAUUGGGGAAGCCACAAUGUAUAACUCACUGAACCGCAUGCGCGCCCCCUAAGCUAGCUGUCGCCGCAUCUUUUUGGCACCUUUCUUCAGGCCCUCUUCUGUCAUAGAUCCAGAAAACACCAACAUGAUUCGAUUCUUUUCAGAGGCUGAAGCACUUGAAGUUUAUUUUAUGUUUAAGAAAAUUCCUAGUAAGGUUGUUUAGGGAGAGGAGGGUAGGGAGUUGUACUAAAAGUGCUGCUGGGCUGUGUCUCUUAUCACAAUCUGUCUCUCACACUUGUUUUUCUGGAGGAACUAUAUUGUAAAUGACUUUUGAUAGCAGGGAUCAGUGGUUUCAGGCUACAUUUCAUGCGUGAUGUUCCUUUUAUGCAUAUUGUAGAACUAUGAGCUUUCAAAGCACUCAUGAAGCCCCUAGACACAGUUUUGGGUGGGGACAUCUUAAACAAUUGCUAAAUUUCACAAAGUCAGAGUCAUUAAAUGUAAUCAAAAAAAAUGCCUGAAGUCCAGGAGACGUUUAUCUGGGAAAUUCCUACAGGGUUGACCCCACUGUCCUCCCCUGUCCAAGCCCCCUCUUCAAUCCUUACCCACUUCCUGACUCUAACUGGCUUUUGUCUGGAAUCGCCCAGAUUUAAAUUUCUCCUAUUUCACCACCAUCCAACACAACAUUAUCAUUCUCAACCCAGCCGUGCAGUUGGUUUGUGAGUAUCAGGGACUUUAUGGCAAAAAAAAGAGAAAGGAGCCCGUGGAAAAACACAAUAGUCCUAUAAACUGCUUCAACAUUGAGAAACAGGAAAGGUGGCUCAAAUUUCUUAUAUUCAAUGAAUGUACUGUAUUUCUGUUUUUUAAAAUAAGGCGAGCUAAUAAUUAAAUUAGUCACCUUUUGUUAUUGUCCUUGUUUAAUUUGUUUAAGGUAUUUUUUGUAUACAAAAGUUUACAUUUUUAUGUAUAUUUUUCUGUGUACAGACUAUGUAAUAUGUGUAUAAACACUGUAUGUAAUAUCUGUAUAUAGUGUGAUAAAUGAUCUUUGUUUGGAUGUACAAAUAAAAACUUGCUGUGAA